AUGUCAGAAAACCACACUUUCGGUGAUGAGGAGCCCGAAGAGGCACCCCUGAAGAUGCACAGCAAAGCUUUCGCAGACUUCUUCCCUGAGGUAGUUCUCUGUGCCUUUAAUCUGAUCUCGCAACUUCUGACAUGCAAGCAGCACUACGCAGCAACUGGUGGUAGAGCUAGCCCUCGCCUGCCACAUGAGAUGAGCGAGGAGGCUCUGCUGGCGACUGCGAUCGCCAGGUUCAGACCUCUGAACCAACCUCUUCCUGACGGCUUCGAUCUCGAAUCUUUGCCGGUUUACCGCGCCCCUAUCAGCCAUCAAGAGAUCGAGGCUGCAGGUGUUGAGUCCAGCGAGCACGCAACAACUCCACCAUCGGUCGUCGAACCUUCCUCGCAUGCUCCUGAAGACCUGGACGCUGCCUCCACCCAGCCCGCAGUCGCUUCUCGAGGUCCCGAUGCCACCCAGUCUGCUGCUCAACGUCUGUCGUGCCAAUGGCACGGAUGUAGCAGAACCUUUGCCGGCGCUGAUGGCCCUGCCUUGCUUGUCGUAUGUCCCUACCACCCUCUUAUCCAAGCCUCAGUAUUGACAUUGCUCCAGUCUCAGAUCAACAACGACCACAUUGGUCUUCCCGUGCCUGGCAUCAAGUUCAACAACCCGAACUGCAGAUGGGGCAAUUGCUCAUACCGUCACGCAACUCGCAGGUUCCUGGUCGCACAUUGCAUGACGCGUGUGCCCAACUACAAGCUCUUCUGGUGCUCCCAAUGCGGCAGAGGCUUCCAGCAGAAAGCCCAUGUCGUCAGCCAUGAGGAGAGAAUGCACGCAAAGAAGUAG